CAGCAGCGUGUGGCCACGCACGAGGGGUCUGGUAGAGCCAAUCUCAUCCAGGCCAAUCCGGCGAUGUCUGAAGAGGGAAGGAGCGUUGACCCGUCUGGGGUGGGCAAGGAGCUCAUGAAGGAAGUGCGUGGCUAGUUGCGGCGGGGGAUCAGCAAAAUGUCAGGAAGAGGCGGUGCCGUCACAGGAGACAUAGAGGUGAGUAAAAUGGACGUUCUAUCUACUGUACAACGAGUAUCCUGUAGUGUAUUUUUUGUGUGCAAAACCUCUCAGUGAUGCACAUGGUACUGUAUGUUCAGGAGGUGGAGAAACAGUACAAGCAGCAUGUGGCAGAGGGAGGGGCCAGUGAUGAGCUCAGGUUCUCAUAUGCAGUGUACCUCAUCAAGAGUGACUUGAAGAAUGACAUCAGGAAGGGCAUCAGACUCAUGGAGAGUGAUAUCAGUCAGGGGAAGGACCAGAGAGACCAUUUCUACUUCAUUGCUAUGGGACACUAUAAAUUGGAGGUUGUACGUAUACACAUACGUACGUGUAUAAAUACGUAGCAAUCACUUCAGUUUUAUCACUGAGCAGGACUG